AUGAGUGCUACGAAAGCACAAUCUCAAAAGAUCUUUGAAAAACUAAAGGCCAAACCUGCAAACAAGCUAUGCUUUGAUUGUGGCUCAAAAAACCCGACGUGGUCUUCAGUUCCCUUGGGAAUAUAUCUUUGUCUUGAUUGCUCUUCCAACCAUCGAAACCUCGGCGUCCACAUUUCGUUCGUUCGCUCAACAAACCUAGAUCAAUGGCAAUGGGACCAACUGCGCGUUAUGAAGGUGGGAGGCAAUGAGUCUGCCACCAAAUAUUUCCAGUCACAUGGCGGAACCGCCGCCCUCGCAAGCAAGGAUCCGAAAGUCAAAUACACGUCCAAUGCUGCCGUGAAAUAUAAGGAAGAAUUAAAAAGACGGGCGGCUUUAGAUGCACAAGAAUAUCCCAACGAGGUCGUUAUUACAGAUGUUGUGGCUACCGGAACGCCAGACGGAGCUUCAACACCUGCCGGCGAACCAGAUGACGAUUUCUUUUCCUCGUGGGAUAAACCGGUGAUUAAAAGACCAAGCAACCCCCCUUCUCGGACAUCUACUCCAAGCGGACAGCGCGCUGGUUCUCCGUUUCUUAAUCCGAGUGCCUCUGGAAAUGGUACGAAUCGCUCCAAGUCUCCUCUAUCGGCUUCGGAUAAGAGUGGCGAUGCAUCUCCUCCGGUUGUUGCCAUCCGUUCAAACACCGCGGUUCGCAAGGGCGCUUCUGGUGGAGCAAAAAAAGGUAUACUCGGUGCAAAAAAGGGACCUAAGCUUGGAGCAAAGAAAAUUGCUGGCCCAGAGGUCAUUGAUUUUGAAGAAGCGGAAAAAAAAGCAAAGGAAGAAGCCGAGCGUAUUGAAAAAUUGGGCUACGACCCAGAAGCUGAGCAAGAAGAAACGAAGAGCAAGAUUGUCUCACCCACACCGGUCAGUCCUAAUAGGUCGAGCCUAAACACAUCUAUAGGGCAUGAGAGGAAGUCGAGCGACAUUGAACGGCUUGGUAUGGGCGUUGGCCGGCUAGGAUUUGGCCAAGUUGGAAAACCAAAAGCACCUGCUCCUAAAAGACUUGGAUUUGGUGCUGUUGGCCAUGCAAAACCUACAGUUGAUGAUGAGGAAUUGGAAUACACCCGGUCAAAAUUCGGUGGCCAAAAGGGCAUUUCGUCCGAUGAGUUUUUCGGCAGAAACCAAUUUGGCUCAGCCGCUCAAGCCGAAGCUAAAGCUCGAUUGGCCGGUUUCGAGGGUGCAACAUCUAUAUCCAGCAAUGCAUACUUUGGCCGACCCGAAGAAGAGCAAGUAGAGGACUAUGGAAAUUAUGGAGACUUAGAAACCGCUGCUAAGGAUUUUGUGCGAAAAUUCGGCAUCACAGCUGGUGACGAUUUGGAGCAUCUUACCCACGCUUUGGGUGAAGGGGCUACCAAAUUGCAAGGCAAAUGCUAUUCGGACCUAUUUGAAUAG